AUGGGCCGUCCGCUCCCGUGGCUUCCGGUCCUGCUUGUGCUGCUGCCGGCCGCGGCCUUUGCCGACGAGCAGUGUCCGAUGAACGUGUCCAGACCGGCGCCCGAAAACGCUUACCUGGUGGACGACGUACUGUGGGCCGGGGAACCGAAAAAAGCGUAUCCGGCCGCCGCCUACCGUUCGGUUCAGGGCGGCGGUUACGUCCUGUGCACGUGCGAAACGGGAGCUUGUGUGCGCAAGUGCUGCCCGCAGAACUGGGCGUACGUGGAAGGGAAAUGCUCGGAGCUCAACGCAUCGCUCGACGUCAAGUUUGAGGUUCCAGAGUUUGUAAAUGAAAACGGGACAGUCAGUACAUAUGAGACAGGCCACUUUCAUAUAGUCUAUGGAAAACCGAAGUGUGCUGAUAAAUACCGAAUAAUGCCAUCAUUGCGUAAAACUGAUAGUUUUCGAAUAACCAAAACGGGAUGGUUACUGCAGGAUGAAUCCGGAGCCACUAUUGCUCGACCGGAUGAAUUUUGUUUGGAUUCAUUUUCCACGGAAAAUUUUCAAAAAUUACCAGUUGUUUGUUCUCGGGAAUUCAUGGAAAAUUAA